CCCUCUGCCAGUGCUAGUGGGGCUUCAGUUCCGCCUUCAAAUACUCCCCCGACCUCCUCGUCCCAUUCGUUCCAUUCCGUGAUUUCCAUCCCAUCCCAUGUACACCACCCACACCCAACAGCCUUAGCUUCUCUCUCUCUCUCUCUCUAAGCGCAAGUGAAGCAAAAGCAAGCCACGGUAGUGCUCCGCGCGCCGGCCGGGGGCGGCGGCAGCAUAUGGAGCCGGGGCUCGGCAAACGCCUCAUGACCGUGCUCCAUGCCGUCUACCACAUGAUGCGACGUGGCCUGUGCCGCAAGCGUCUCAUGAUGGACCUCCACCUCCUGCUCGGCCGGGGCAAGCUCGCGGGCAAGGCGCUCCGCGACCUCCUCACCGCCGCCUCACACCACCAGCACCACCACCACAUGGUCGUGCCGCGUCCGCCCUCCCGCGCGCCCCCCACCGCCGCCGCGGGCCUCUCGCUCCCGUCCGACCCCCAGCCCCAGGUCGACGUGCAGUCGUUCAACUCCUGCACCGCCGCGCCGUCAUGCUCCUCCGGCAAUAACAAUGGCGGCGGCGUCGCACGUCCGGCCGCCGCCGGUGGCCUCGGACGCGCGUUGCUCCCCUUCAGGAUCCGCGGCCGCCGCGGCGCCUCCGCAGCCAACGGGUGCGGCGACGACGGGCUCGUCCUGGCCCAGGUGGCGCGCGCGCUCGAGACGAUGCAUGAUGCCGCCGACGACGUCGCCGUUCACCCGUCGCCGUUGGCGGCCGCCGCCGGAGCCACGCCCUCGCCCAUGCUGGCGCUUAGCCUCGGGCGCAGCCCCGCCGGAGCCCGCCGCCUGCGCGUCACCGACUCGCCCUUCCCGCUCGACCCGCCCGAGGGUCUGGACGCCCGCGCCGACUCCACGUUCGACGCCUUCAUCACCAAGUUCUACGAGACUCUCCGCCUACAGCAGGCCGACGCCACGCCUGACAACCGCGCGCGCCGCUAGCUGUCCAUCCAGCACGGACGCGGGACGCCGCGCCGCCCGCAUGGCUACAGCGUGCAUUGCAUGCAUAUGGCUAUGGGCGCGGACCGCGGAGCACGGGGGCCUAUAAAUAAAAUAAUAUAUACUCCUGCUACUGUCAUGCGGGCCCGAUCUGUUUUACUGCCUGCAUGUGUAAUUUUACUUUACUUUCCUCGUCCGUGAUAAUCGAUCUCGAGUAUAAGAUAGGGUCGGUCGGUGAGGAGACGAGAACAAGCAAGGCUGGGUAGCUGCCUCAUAUCUAUAUCGAUCUGUCUUUCAUAUGUAUAUAUGAGAUGAAAUGCUAUAACUUCAUUCUCAGCAUUUCA